CACCUCCCAGCCUUUGAAAGUCACUUAAGUGUUUGUGUUCUUCAGUUUUUUGGUAAGUACAACCUUCUUUAUUAUCAAGUUUAUAUAGCGUUCAUUUUCUCUCCAUCACUACAGCUCUUUCUACAACUUUCUCUUUUUUGGUGAGUAAAACUAUAUUUGUUUUGCAUGUUUAUAUAAUAUUUAAAAUUGUUUUUUUCCACUCCUAGACAUCCUUGCUCUUUCAGCUUUCUCUUUUUUUGCUGUGUUUUAUUUGGUAAGUAACCUUUUCUACUUCCAUGUUUAUAUAAUAUAUUCUUGCUUUAUUUCAUCAUGACAGCUCGUUCUACUUUGUUUUUGUGAGUACAACUUGUUUAUUUGUUUGUUAUGUUAAAUUGAUAUUUUUUUCCCAAUUCCUACAGGAGCUUACUGCUGAUCAGUUCGAUUAGACCGAUCAGUUUUUAACAUCGUAAUUUCAGCAACUUUUUUCUGGUAAGUAUAGUCUCCUUUCUUGGCAUAUAUUGUUUUUAAUCUUGUGUUUUUCAUUCCUAUAGCUCCUUCUAUUUUUUCAAGUUAACUUUUAUUGCACUUUGUUGACAAGCACCCUCUGCAGUUAGAUUUUAACGUGCAACUGUAUUUUUCAUCAAGCGAUGUAAGUAUACAUGUUUUUUUUAUUAAAAUAAAAUUAAUUAAUUUUCUUUUCUUAUCAAGAUGUCUCAAGACGGUUUUAGUCAAAUUGAUUUAACUGCUCCGGGUUUCGCCAGCCAGGAAUCCUUUCUGUUAAACAGUUUUGACAUAAACCUGUUGAACAUGUCGACUGUUGAGAAGGCUCUGGAUCCAAACGUGCAGCCUAAUGAGCAGCCGAUGGAUCCAAACGUUGAAUCUAAUGUGCAGCAAGCUACGGCGCUUCCAAACAUCGCAGGUUCCUCGAAAGUCGACGAUAAGAAUGUGAAACACCUUUCACUUUCACUUCGUCGAAAGUCGGGGAACCGUGAACACCGGAAGAAGGGUGCAGGUGUGUGGUUACCGCCAGAUAAGUAUAGAGAGCUUCGACGGGAGACCCGUGCUCGUUCGCGAAGUACCAAACACAAGCGUGUGUCAGUUGAACCUGCGACUCUGUCAAAGGUUGAAGUGACACACUCGGAAGUGGCUAGCGGCGAUGAGUCCAACGACUCUCUUUCUUUAAUGGCGGUAUCCCAACACUGCACCGAAAACCGGACAUACCUUAAAGCUAUUAAUGCAGCUUUUGUUUCUAAGGCUUCUUCUUCUAAAGCUUCGUCGAUUCCCACUCCCCCUACUAACAUAAACAUUCCUACCAUAGAAAUUCCCUCAUUAAGCCCGAAAGUACAAAUCUUAAGGGUGGACACAAUUCCCGCUACUUCAGUCAUUUCCGAUGUACCUGCCAGCCUUUUUUCAAAUGCAAUGUGUGCAGCAGUAGAAACAACCAAAGAGGAGAUUUUGACCGAAAUUAAUAUUUUUUAA